AUGGCAGCCAAAAGGGGGACUUGGCGAUGUCCAAGGUGUGACGACGUGUGUCCUUGCAACAAAUGUGUUCAGAGAAGAAGCAAGGACGGAAGGCAGAGACGAGGGAAAAACCAGCCCAGGGAGGGAGCCAGUGGAUUCGAGUUCGGUAAGGGAAUUGAAGACCUUCAUAUUAGUGGCUCCUCGCAUGCUGAUGACGACUCUACUCCUGGGGUGUCGCACAGCGGAAGAGCUUCAUCAACUAUCAUACUAACCCACUACAUCAUUUCUCACUUUCAGGAAGAGGAGGAGGAUUCGCAUUCCCAUUCGCCAUCGGAUUCAAGUGAUGUCAUCCUUCUCACAUGGUGCGGCUUGGAGUAA